AUGAUGAACGGUGGCGACGCAGAUGUGUCCACUGUCCAGCCGACGAGCCCAAACCCGGCUGUGACGGCACUGGAGGCUAAAAUCAUGGCCUACCAGAACAUCAACGAAGGCGGCACCAAGGGUCGCAACACGAAUCUGCAAAAGCUCGAGGUGCUCUGGGAUCUCGACGAGGUGGUCAGCGCGGCCCAAGGAGGACCCAAGGAGGCCAGCAGCAGCAGCAGCAGCAGCAGGAAGAGGACCCACCUCCACCAGGAGGGACCCGCGAGUGCCCAGCUGGCCAAGCUCGCCGAGCUCCUCCUGGCCUCCCUCACCCACCCCGUGGGACCGGGUCCGCCCAUUCGCCGCCUCCUGGCCGCCAGCCUCGCCCUCCUCCACUCGCGCGUGGCCACCCGCCAGCUCUUCACCCUCGUCGACGCCCUCCACGCCACUCUCACCACCAAGACCCAUCCCCUCCUCGCCAAGCUGACGGCGCUGCACGGGCUGCGGGAGGCGUAUGCGCUCAGGGGCGACGACCUUGAUGCGCUGCUGCCCACGAGCGUGCAGGUCGUGGCCAAGCUCUUCAAGGCCAGCGACACCCGCCUGGCGCAGGAGGCCCUCCUCACCGUCGCCGCCCUCGACAAGCACGUGGGCGUGCUCGUGGAGGCCAUGCACUGUGCUCGGGAAUUGGCACGUAUCCAGUGCCCCACUGGCCCCGAUUUCGAGAAGCUCGUCGCCCGCCUCAUGAAGCACAUGGGCGGACCGCACGCGACAGUGCGUAAGACGGCUGGCCGCACCCUCGGAGCUCUCCUCAGCUUUGCCGUGGAGCGACAGACACAGCAGGCCUCCGCCACGCACGCCCAGGAGCCCGCCAAAAAGAGCAGCAGCAGCAGCAGCAGCAGCAGCAAGGACAUCAUAUGGACCCUUCAGAGCGCCGCCGCCUACCUCGCCUUCCUCUACAACAAGAGUGGCGUCAAGCGAGAGGCGCGCGGCGCGCUGGCCGAGGCUUUCGUGGCCUACUUGAAAGCUCUCCCCGCCUCCUCCCUCGAGAGUGCCGACAACCUCGCUCUCGUCCUCACCUCCGUCCUCGCCCUCCUCGCCGCCCCCAGGGCACACUCACCCCUCGACACUCUCCAGGCCCUCGCCAACACCAAGAUCGGCGUAACCGCGCCUGCCGACCCCGCCUUGGAUUUGUUGCAGGCAAGCCUCCCCCCCCAAUCGCUGUGCCGCGUGCAGCUGCCGUUCGCUCCCCUCACAGGCCUCCCCGCCCGGGGGUUUGCCAAGAGGAUGGGCGAAGGGGCGCAGCAGCUGCUCCUCCGCCUUCUCGUGGGCUCCCUCCCGUCCUCCCCCGCUGCCAACCCGGGCCUGGCCCUCACCCUGCUCCAGGAAAUCAGCUUCGUGGUGCUGCUGCUGGGAGAAGGGGCCGCCCAGCACGCCACUCUGGUCGCCGAUGCCAUUCCGCCCCUCCUCGCCGCCGGCGCCGAUUUGCAGGCACCGCUGCCCUGGCACCUGGGGCCUCUCCUUAACCAGUGCUUCAACCACGUCACCGCUGCCCACGCCGAAGUGACCUGCGCCAAAAGCCCCCACGAGGCCCUCAAGGUCGCGUGGGCGGUGAUAGCGUCGAUCAUGGUCGCCAGGCCGCACUUCCUCCAGGACGAGCUGCCCAACCUCGUCCCCGUAUGGAAGGCCCACCUGGCCACCUCGCGCCUCAUUGGCCGGGACGAAGCGACGGUGACGGCCUUUUGCCGAUCCAAGCGGCCCGCCUUGGCGGCUCUUCACUCUCUCUGUGCACACGUGCCCGCCGCUCACGCCGAGCCCCUCCUCCCCCACAUCCUCUCCUGGCUUCUUUCCCUCCUAGAGGUGGGCACGAACCUGGUCAAGCUCACCGGCCAGGUUUCGCGCGAGUGUGCGUCGGCCAUCAUGGCCUUCCUGCACCAGCUCCUCGGCACUUUUCUUGCCCUCCCGCCCUCCGAAUAUCCCCUCCAGGCGGUGGCGCUGCUGCGAGUCACGUCUCACCUGGUCAUCGACGGGGGCCAGCAGACGUCCCUCCUGGACUUGUGCCUGCCCGACGAAGACCGCGUCCUCACUUCGCCCUAUUCGUCCGCCUCCUACCACGUGGAUGGCGAGGCUGAGCUCCUGGUACUCGACGGACCACUGGAGCCCUCCUUCAUGUGGGCACCCGCGUCAGUCCACAGCCCUGCCCUCGACCUCUUCGCGCUCCUGUUCGUGGAACAGACGGAGAAGAAUCGGCAGCAGCUCAUCGACCACUUGACCCACGCCCUCAAGGACAAAUGCAUCAGCGUGGAGCAGCCGAUGGCGGCCGACGCGAUCACGGUGGCGAGGAAUGUGCUGUGCGCCGUCCUCCACGUCCUCCGAAGCCUCAUCGCGAGGGGAGGCACCUUCUCGCUCAGCAGCCAGAAGCUCCUGUCCUCCGCCCACUCCCUCAUCCUCGGGUGCCAGGGCCACGGAGAUAGCGUGGUGCGGGCACUCGUUGGCGAGUGCAUGGGCGCCCUGGGCAGAAUCGAGGGAACAGACUUCACGGACACCAUCAUGCCCCUCUUCUCCGCACCUCGCAUCAAAACAAUAUCGGAUGUCGCGUCGCGCGCCUCUUCGGCCUUUAUAGUGGGGUCUAUCCAUCGGACGAUGGGCAUGAAGGCGGGCGGCUACGUGAGCGAGAGCGUGGAGACGCUGAGUCUGCUCAUCCGGGACGCGGCGCCUGAGGUCUACCUGCCGGCCCUGCACGCGCUCACCCUCGUCAUCAACUCGGCCGGCCUCCAGGUCGCCAACUCGGGCUACGGGAAGGGCGCCAUCGUCCUCCUCCUCUCCCGCCUGAUGGCCGAAGUGCCCGAGGCCGAAGGAGCGGGCGCCAAGUGCUACCGCUUGGUGGGAAGGGCCAUGAACGCCCUCGUCGCCAUUCUCGGUCCCGAGCUGAGCGCGACGCCAACUCUCUCCGCUCACGUGCAAGGCCUCGCUCGCGAGCUUCGCGCCCACCCCGACGAGGCCGUGGCGGUCGAGUGGCUGCAGUUCGUGGAGCAGGCCCUCCUCUUCCUGCAGCCCACGUUCCAGGUGGGGCGGGCGCUCCCGCACGUGACCCGCUGCCUUCUGAGUCCGUACGUGGAGGUCCGCGUGGCCGCCCUCCAGUGUUUGCGCCAGUGCGCGCAGGCAGACCCGCAGGUGCUGGGGCAGGUGCCCGCGGUGAGUGCCGGCGUGUGGGCCACCUACGACGCCGAGAGCCAGCCUCGCGUGCAGGAGCAGGCCGCCCUCCUCCUCCGCCUGCUCGCCGAAACGUGCGGCACCCUCGACCCGGGCUCGUGGCUCGCGGCCUGCAAGCAGCUCGCCACCACCACCUCCCGCUCCCUUGUCCACAAGACGCUGGACUCUUCGCCGCAGUUGUUUGCAGCGGAUGCAGGCGAAGAAGGUGCCGGCGGUCUGGGCGGCGGCGAGGGCGGGGAGGGCGGCGGCGGCGGAGAGGGAGGGUGCGCAGCGUCGAUGGCGGGGGAGCUGAGGGCGGGAGGCCUGGUGCCCCGCUGCCGCACCCGCGCCCUCGCCGUGAUGUGUCUGCGCGACGUGCUUCGCGCCUCUGCUGGCGGUACCGGCCCUGCCUCGUCGUCGUCCACGGGCAAAAGCACGGGCAGGGCAGCCGUGGGAUGGCUGGCCGAUCUGGUGGCCGUGGGCUUCACCGCCGCCACCGCGACCGUCCAUACCCUCCGCCCUCACGGCCUCGGCCUCCUCCAGGACGUCAUUCUCCAAUAUGCCGACGCGGAGGACGAAGAGGCUGCCGGCCACAGCGUGCUGGAGCAGUACCAGUCCCAGAUCGCGGCAGCCCUCCGCCCGGCGUUUGAACGGGAGACGGCCCAGCCCGAUGCCACCGUCAUGGCCGUGGACGUCCUCGUGGCCUUCUUCCGCUUCAACGUCUCCUCCGACCCCGUCAUCUUCCGCCGCCUGACCGCCCUCCUCAUCGCCCCCCUACCCGAGAUCGCCCAGAUCCAUUACGCCGGGUUCAGCGAUGAGGCGUCCACACGCGUGCGUGUGUGUUUCGUGGCCGCCCUCGCGCACCUCCACGACCUCACCCUCCCUCCGCCGACCUGCUUCGAAGAGCGUCCAUCGAUCCUGCCGGCCAACGCCGCCACCCUCGCCAAGCUUCUGCGCCCUCACUACGGCGCCAUGAAGGAUUACUGGGUGGGGCUAGUGCGCGAUUUUGCGGUGGGCAGCACCUGCGGCGAGGAGGGCCAAAAGAUCCACGCCCAAAAGGCCCGCUUGGCCCUCUACGACCUGUCGCUGGUGCCACUCCCUCCCGCCGUCCUCGCGCUCUACCGGCAGGCGGUGCCCACGUGCCUCCACGCCCUCGCCUCCCUCGUCGCACUCCCGUCUCUGCCCGCGGAGAAGGGGCAGCAGCCUGCGGGCACCACGGCCGCGGCGCGCACGACCGACGAGGAGCGGCUCACCCGCGAGGAGCUCGAGAUCGUCCUCGGGUUGUGCAUGCGGUACUGCCUGGAGGCGGGCGCCCUGCCGCGGGAGCUGCGGGCCUGCCUGCUGGCCAUCGAAACCCUCCUCACCUCGGCCCACUUCGCCACCCCCGCCCACCGCCUCUCCUCCGAGCGCCUGCGGGAGUUGGUGAGCUACGGGGUCCGUAUCGCCGACCGGCACAAGGCCACCCCCCUCGUCGCUCAUGCGGUCGCCCGCGUCGCUCGCCAGCUCGCCAUCCUCCUGACCCGCCCGCCCUACAUCGACGCGUCGUCCCGGGACGACGUUGUUGAUGGGUCGUCGUCGUCGUCGUCGUCGCUGCCCCUCGCGGAGGAGCUGGUGCCGUUCGUGCUGCGCCCUCUCCUGCCUCUCGCCCGCGGACUCAAUCCGGCCGAGGUGGGUGCGUGGUGGCCCUCCACGUCCCUCGAGGCCGCUGAGGAGGCCCUUCUGGCUCUCCCCCCGCUGGUCUCCCUGCUGGUGCGCUGGGUGCCACCGCUCCAGCAGGGCGAGCUGGUGGUGCCGCACGCCGCCUGCUUCCUGCUCCUCGCCCUGCGCGCCCUCGCUUGCACUGCAGCACUACAACCGCCGCCGCCAGCAGCAGCUGCAGCAGGCGGCAACACGCUCGGGGCGGCCGCCCUCCAGGCCAUGAAGGGCGUGCUCGAGGCUGUCCCUGUUGGACAGCGGCGGACCCUUGCCGAGGCCUCUCUUCAGCAGGCCCUGCCUCUCCUCGCCCCCGACGAAGGGACGGGGGAGCGUGAAGUGAUCGGGGCCGUGGGGCUCCUGCUGGCCGAGCUGACGACUCUGCAUGCCGCCGCCGAGGAGGCCCGGCCCUUCCCUCGCCGCCUGCACGAGAGCGUAGCCCUCCGGAUCGCCGACGUCCUGCGCUCUCACUCACGCGCCCCUGCCAUCGAAGCGGCCCUCGCUCUCCUCCAGUCGCUCGCCCUCGUUGCCUCCUCCCCCCACGCGGGCGAGAGCCGAGCGUCGUCGUUGCCGCUCUACUACCUGCGUACGGCGGCGCCCCACGCGGGCCUCCUCCUGCACCGCCUUCCGCAGGGCGUCGUGGUCGCCGCCGCCAUGGAGGCCGACGCGCCACAGGCGGGCGGCGACAAGGCCACCUCGCUGUGCCUGCAGGCCACCCGGCUCCUCCUCGCCCUCUGGGCCUUGUGCCCGCGCGAGCAGGGCGAGGGUGUCAUGGGCCUGCUGGUGGCGGGUCUUGUGGCCCAGCUGCGCGAGGAGCAGGACACCGGCGGCGGCGGCGGGAUGGGGGCCGGGCGUGCACUGGAGGUGCUCACGCAAGUGGGCGCCGCCCACCCUGCCGCCUUCAAGCAGGCCGUGGGGUGCCUGCCCCCGGCUCCGGCCCUCCGGCUCCACUCGGCCGUGCGCUCGGCUGCGCUCUCCUCCGCUGCCCGCCAGCCGGGGACACGCCACACAACCGGGGCGGCGGCCAGCAAGGCCCCCCGCCUGGACUUCUCCCGCUACAACUACUAA